GAUGCUCUUAUGUAGCAAAUUAGAGAUUACUCCUCUAGAGAACAAAAUAGAGAUUCAUUGGAAUGGUUUGAUCAUGCAGAACAGAGACCACUAAAUAUAUAGGUUAGGAGAAGUGAUAAGAUUGUUGUCAAUGGAGCAAAGUUAACUAGAGAGAAAAAAACUUGUCUAGAAACAGGUAAAGAAGGAUAUUAUUAUAGUUAAAUUAGCCACAAUAGAAGAAGGAUUCACGCACCUGAUCCCAAAAAAUCUUGGUUAAAGACUUUGCUAUUUGUUGUUGUUGUUGUGGUUUUUUGUUGGAGGGGAGAGUGAAGAUACAAUGUGUCAAUAUCAAACCUUUGAUUUGUUAGCAAUGACAAUUUAUUCAACUUUUGGCAUUUUAGGAAUCAUUAGAAAGGUAUCAGUCAUUUUGCUGGCGAUAUUGCUUGCAUUAUCAUAUCAGGCAAUCAAGCCUCCACCACCUAAAAUCUGCGGAUCUUCAGGUGGUCCACCUGUUACAUCAUCCAGAAUUAAACUCAGAGAUGGAAGAAAUCUUUCCUACAUAGAAACUGGAGUCCCAAAGGAUAAGGUCCUGCACAAGAUCAUCUUUCUUCAUGGGUUGGACUCUUGCAAGUAUAACUCAUUUCCCAUCUCUCAGGAAGUUAUGGAUGAAUUUGGGAUAUACAUGGCGUCGUUUGACCGAGCUGGGUAUGGAGAGAGUGAUCCAGAUCCAAAUAGGUCUGUGAAAAGCAAUGCUCAGGAUGUUGAAGAGCUUGCUGACGAGUUAGAUCUAGGUUCCAAGUUCUUUGUUAUUGGAUAUUCCAUGGGAGGAGCAUUUGCUUGGGGCUGCCUGAAAUACUUCCCCCAUAGUUUCUUCAAAAAUGGACUUUGGAAUGAUGGCAGGCUUGCAGGUGCAGCAUUGGUAGCUCCAGUGUCCAACUACUGGUGGCCUAAUUUCCCUUCUAAUUUAACUAAAGAUGUUUUCAGUCAGGAGAUUGUACGAGACCAAUGGGCAUAUCGAGUUGCUCAUUAUGCUCCAUGGUUAACUUACUGGUGGAACACUCAAAAGUGGUUUCCCUCUUCAAGUCUUCUAGCUCCGCAUAGUGAUAUUUUUUCUACCCAAGACAGAGAUAUCUUGCCUAAGUUAGCAGGGAGAAUUCACAACAAGGAACAAGCAAGGCAACAAGGAGAGUUCGGGUCACUUCACUGUGACAUGAACAUUGGGUUCGGGAGCUGGGAGUUCGAUCCUAUGGAUCUACAGAACCCAUUCUCGAACAGCGAAGGUUCAGUACACUUGUGGCACGGCACUGAAGAUCGCAUGGUGCCCGUAUAUCUAUCACGAUACAUAAGCCAGAAGCUCGCUUGGGUUCAGUAUCACGAGCUUCAGAAUACUGGUCACAUGUUUCCCCUGGCUGAUGGUUGGAGUGAUCCCAUAUUUAAGGCACUCGUUACUGGGAAUCAGUAGAACUUUUGAGCAAGAGUCGGAUAUUAACGUUGUUGUUGUAUAUUUUCAGAUUUUUUUUCCGUGUUUUUGUGCUAUGUUGUGCAUAGUUAUACAUGUUGGUUCUGUUGAUUCAAAAUUA